ACACGAGAAAAAGUCACUAAAAAUCAGCAAAUCACACGGCCCCAAAACACUGAACCCUUUCACCUUAUCUCAUCAUCUCCCCCAUUCAUUUCAUCUCUAGCCCUCGAAAACAAAACAAAACAAAACUACUUUUGUCUCCGAUCAACAAAACAAUGGACAACACCAACACCAACACCAAUCACCAGCCUCAAUCCACCGCAUACCCGCCACACUCCACCACCACCACUCCACCACCACCACCACCAGGGGCACCAUCCUCAGCCCCAUUCCACCACCUCCUUCAACAACAACAGCAGCAACUUCAAAUGUUUUGGUCUUACCAGCGUCAGGAAAUUGAACAAGUUAAUGAUUUCAAGAACCAUCAACUCCCUCUAGCAAGAAUCAAGAAAAUCAUGAAAGCUGAUGAAGAUGUGCGCAUGAUCUCUGCUGAAGCACCUAUUUUGUUUGCUAAAGCAUGUGAGCUUUUCAUUUUAGAACUGACAAUUCGUUCUUGGCUUCAUGCUGAGGAAAACAAGAGAAGGACUUUACAGAAGAAUGACAUUGCUGCUGCUAUUACCAGAACUGACAUUUUUGAUUUCUUGGUUGAUAUUGUACCUAGAGAUGAGAUCAAAGAGGAAGCUGCUGGUCUUGGUGGAAUUGUCGGCGCUACGGCUAGUGGGGUACCUUAUUAUUACCCUCCGAUGGGACAGCCUGCCGCUGCCGCUGCCGCUGGAGGGAUGAUGAUUGGAAGGCCAGCUGUGGAUCCUGCCACUGGGGUUUAUGUUCAGCCACCUUCUCAGGCAUGGCAAUCUGUUUGGCAGACAGCUGCCGCCGAGGAUGGUUCUUAUGGGAGUGGUGGUGCCAGUGGUGGACAAGGUUAAGCUUCUCAGAUGCAGUGAUUAGUGGCAUGACAGAAGGCAAAUAUGUACCUUGACUAAUAUUACUUGGAAUUUGAAUGCAUAUGAUCUCCAAGUCUACUUGUUGGCUAUUGUUCAAGAAAGCUCUCCUUAGCUGUUAGAGACUUCUUAAAACUUAUUAACUUCAUUGUAUGGCAGCUCUACAUUUGCUGCUGACUUGCCUAAUUAUAUCUGAUGUUCAGUUUCUUAA